CCGUCCGUCGAUGCCCCCGCAGGGGCGCUUGCUCUGGGCUCGCCCUCGCCCCCUCCGCCUCGCUUGCCCCUGCCCUGCAAAAGGAGGUGAGAGCGAUGCCAACUGCCGGGCGGCCGUAGGAGGAGAGAAGGGGCCCGUGGGGAGUGGUCCAAGAGCCCCCCGCGCCGUCAUCACCGGGGCAGCGGCCGCCCGGGCCCGGGCCCUUGCAGGUCAAGGACGGUUGCCAGAGUGAGUCUGCCUGCGGAGGAGGCCGGGGGACUGGCUAAACCCCUCCCCAUCCCUGCUGCAGCCUGCUGGAGCCAUGCUGAGCCUGUGGUUGGUGACAGGAGGCCUGCUGCUCUGGGUCAAAGGCACAGGUGCUGUGGAGAUCCAGGUCCCUGACGAUCCCGUGGUGGCGCUGGUGGGCAGAGAUGCCACCCUGAGUUGCUCCUUCAGCCCCACACCUAACUUUAGCCUGGCCGACCUCAGCCUGAUCUGGCAGCUGACGGACACAAAGCGGCUGGUGCAUAGCUUUGCCCAUGGGCAGGACCAGCUGGCUGACCAAGGUGGGGGCUUUGCCAACCGCACCUCCCUCUUCUACGACCAGCUACCCUCGGGCAAUGUCUCCCUGCUGCUGCGGCGGGUGCAGAUCGCUGAUGAGGGCAGCUUCACCUGCUUCGUUCGUGUGCAGGACUACAGCAGCGCAGCCGUGACCCUGCAGGUGGCCGCUCCAUAUUCCAAACCCAACAUGAACCUGGAGCCCAACAAGAAUCUGAAACCCGGGGACCCAGUGAUGGUCACCUGCUCCAGCUACCAGGGCUACCCGGAGGCCGUGGUCACCUGGCGGGAUGGCCAAGGGCGCAACCUGACAGACAACGUGACCACUUCCCAGAUGGCCAAUGAGGAGGGGCUGUUUGAUGUGCACAGCGUGUUGACGGUGGUGCUGGAAGCCAACGGAACCUACAGCUGCUUGGUGACUAACCCCGUGCUGCAGCAGGAUGCCCACGGCUCUGUCACCAUCACAGGUCAACACCUGACAUUCCCUCCCGAGGCCUUGUGGGUGACUGUGGGCCUCUCCAUCUGCAUCCUGGGGCUGCUGGUGGCCCUGGCCUAUGUGUGCAGGAAGAAGAUUAAACAGAGCUGCGAGGAAGAGAAUGCAGGGGCAGAGGACCAAGAUGAGGAAGGGGAGGAACCCAAGACAGCCCUUCAGCCUCUGAAAAGCACCGACAGCAAAGAAGAUGAUGGACAAGAAAUUGAGUGACAGAAGGAGUCAUGCUACAGUGAGAGACUACCUCCCAUGAAGCCGUGGACAAUGCUCCCACUGCCCCCCUCCCGGUCCUACCUGCCUUUCCCUUCCCGUGGAGAUUGAGGUCCUCGGGGAAGCAUUUAACCCUGGGGGCCAUGACCCCUUCCCUUCAAAAAUGGGUACUGCUGGGUCAGCAUUUCAUGGUAGUUUAGGAAUUCUGCCCCUGUUAACACAAAUGUGCUCACAUGUGCAUGCGUGCACACCACUCUCUCUCUCUCUCUCUCUCUCUCUCUCUCUCUCACUCACUAGUUUACUCUCCCCUCCCUGGUAUUUUUCCAGCAAGAAGAAUGGAGUAGUUUAUCAAAUGGAGGGUAGUGUCCCUCUCCUCUUCUUGGGAAAUAUGCGCUGGCUGCAUCAUUCACCUGAGACCAGAAUGGGAGAGAUGGUGAGAUUAGGGAGGGGCUGGAUCCCUUUGGAGUAUGAGAGGAGAAGGGAAGGAGCAUGGGAGUCCCUCAGGGAGGAAUCAGAGUGUCCUACCCUUAGGUCCUCAACACUCCCCUCCUCCCCGACAUGAACCUCUCUGGUUGUUACCGGAAGGAACUACCGAGUCUUUAUAGGAUCUUCUAGGCUGUAAUCCCCUGCAGGCUGUGUCUGAGGCCAUCACAGAGGAGCACUUCCCUUCCCUAGUGCCCUCCUCUUGCCUUCCUGAAAUACUUCUCCUCUAGUCCUGUUCCCUGCAUCAACACCUCCACCGCUCUGCCCCUGCUGCCCCCAGUCCCAUCCGUGCUAGAGAAUGCCCUUGUCCACAGGAACCCCAAUUCAUCUGGGUGGUUUCCUAUCAUAACCUCUGCCUUUGUCCACCCCUCCUAACUGACCCUCUCCCUGGGGUGCUCCUGGUAGCUGGCCCCAGUGCCCCUGGGGAUCUGGCAGGAAGCAACCCCAGAAACAAGCCUCAGGAGAGGAGGGUCUGGCAGGGGUGCCCCAAGUGUGCAACCAUAAGGCCCCAGCACCAGGGGAACCCCAGACAUUCUGGUGGCCUUUGAAUUUACAGAUUGGGCUUCAGGGGCUGUUCUGUUUGGGAGGGCUAACUAAACAAUUACUAUGUGCCAAGCACUGUACUACACAGGGGAGUACUGAACCACUCUAGCCAGCAGUUCUGAUUAUUUGUAUUUUGUCCAUUUGGGGCCUCAAAUGCAGUUGAUUUGGUGGUAUCAAAGUGGGGGAAACUUCCAUCCCCCUCCCCACCAUGCCUAGCAACACUGGAUAUCUCACACUGAGCUGGUGUUUUGGGGCAGGCUCCUGCAGUCUGCAGGUUGGAAAGCCCCUUGGUAGACUCCCAUUCCAAGUUCCUCAAGUCCUCAGUGCCUGGAAAAGCAUCUUUGGAGGAGGGUGGGCGAAUGGACUGACCCUCUGUUCUGUGCCAACUUGAGCCAGUCACUUUCCUGCUCAUACCACCACAGGACUAACCCGUUCACGGAGAGAUGGAAGCCAGCAGAGGCCAGAUCUGGGGCUGACAAAGCUGUAUUCCCCUAUAACCAGCCUCUAGCUGGCCCCGUCAAGAAAGCGGGGGAGUGGGUGCAGGGGCAGGGUUGGGACCUGGGGAGCUGGUGCUGCCCCAGAGGGUGCUCUAUGGAGAGACAUUCCCCCACCCACCUCACCUCCUCAUCGUCAUCCAAGCUCACUGGAUGGUGCUUCUUCAGCCGAGAUGUAGCCCAAGCAGUCUUGGGUAAGAGUGAGUGGGAGACGAUUGAAAGGAAUCCCCAGGGGAAAGGCACUGUGGUGGAAGUGACCCUCUAGUCCACUGUGAGUCUCCCCCUCCUCUUCCGUCCUCUGGGCUGGGGAUCCCAGGGGGCUCCGUUCAGCAGGGCAUCCCCAGUCUCCAGCUGAAGCCUGCCUCUCCUCUGCCAGGGCUGGGGACAUCCUGGGACCAUGAGGUUAGAAUUGAUUUUUUUUUUCUAAUUUAAAUGGAACCCGGGAGUUUUGUGCCUUGAAGACAUGUUUUAGGGAAAAUAAAUGCUUGAUUCAUUUUUGAGAAA